AGGGGGCGAUGCUGAGAUGGGGGCGGCGGCAGCCGAAGCGGAUCGUACUCUCUUUGUGGGCAACCUUGAAACGAAAGUGACAGAGGAGCUCCUUUUCGAGCUUUUCCACCAGGUUAAUUUCCACGCAGUGGGAUAAUGAUGGAUGUUGGUCGCCUUGUUAAAGUCAUAAAGUGCUGUGAAAUGUAAAUUCAGUCGGUGAUUGGGUUUCCGGUUCCUUAUGGGCUCCCUCCCUCCAAGCUGGGCCAGUAAUAAAAGUGAAAAUUCCAAAAGAUAAGGAUGGUAAACCAAAGCAGUUUGCGUUUGUGAAUUUCAAACAUGAAGUAUCUGUUCCUUAUGCCAUGAAUCUGCUUAACGGAAUCAAACUUUUUGGAAGGCCCAUCAAAAUUCAGUUUAGAUCAGGAAGUAGCCAUGCCUCACAGGAGGUCAGUUUGUCAUAUCCCCAGCAUCAUGUUGGAAGUUCAAGCCCUACUUCCACAUCUCCUAGCAGGUAUGAAAGGACAGUGGAUAACAUGACUCCAUCAACACCGAUAAUUCAAAGAUCUUUCUCUUCUUCAGAAAAUCUUCAGAGACAAGCAGUGAUGAACAAUGUUUUGAGACAGAUGUCAUAUGGAGGGAAAUUUGGUUCUCCACAUCUGGAUCAGUCAGGAUUUUCCCCAUCAGUUCAGUCACAUAAUCACACUUUUAACCAGUCUUCAGCCUCCCAGUGGCGCCAAGAUACACCAUCAUCACAGCGAAAAGUCAGACAGAAUUGUCAUCCCUAUGUAGUGGAUAGACAUUAUAGCCGUGAACAGCGUUACACUGACCAUGGGUCCGACCAUCAUUACAGAGGAAGCAGAGAUGAUUUCUUCUAUGAAGAGAGAAAUCACGAUGGCUGGAGCCAUGACUAUGAUAACAGAAGAGACAGUGGUAGAGAUGGAAAAUGGCGCUCAUCUCGACACUAACAAGUGUUAAAGGGAUGUUUUCAUAGGGUCAUUCUAGGCCCUUUUUGUUAAGUUGUUUCUGGGAAUGUUUUCUUAAACUCUAUAGAGCAGCUUUACAAGUUGCCACAUUUCUUUAUAAAAUUUUUAAAACUUAAUUGCAGUCCAAUACAGAAAUGAGAAUUGUGGUUCUAGUUUUAUUACAUUAAUAACCUUUCACCUCAGGGUUUUAAGAAGAGGAAAGGGUUUUAUGCUAAAGAAAGUGCCACAAUUCCUAAUCAUUUUAGACAGUUGAGGAAGGGAUGUAUUAUAUGGAUUAGUUGUAUUAUGAAGCAAAUAUUUUAAUUAUCUGUUAUCUUUUUGUAUUGCAAGAAAUUUCUUGUUAGGGAAUCAGAUUUUGGUGUAUAUAAUGGAAAACAUUCAAGUUGAUAGUCUGAAAUGACUCAGUAUUUUGUUACUAAAUGAGAAAAUGUAAAUUCAGUGAUUCAUUUUACUAACAUUUGAGAAAACCUUUUGGUCAAGUUUGGGGAUAAAUCAUAUUAUUUAACUUAGAGAACUUAAGUGUAAGUUCUGUGACAUGAUCUUGAGUUUUACUGUAAGUGAGCGUACAAGUAUACAUUUACACAUGCUGGUUCAUUAUAAAAUUUUAGAAUUUGCUCAUUAAAUCAUGUUUGAUGUAUGACUGAAGUCACUCAGGAAGUUAAAUAUCUCUAAAUGUAUUUUUUUUACAGUAAAAAUACAGUGUUAAUGUAAAUCUUUUUCUGGAAGAACAAAAAUGUAAAUGCAUAGUCAGAUAAAAUAGUAAAAUGUUUUACUGAAAGUAUUCUUUUUUGGGAAAAAAAGGUUCACGAAACCUUUAAGUGCUGCCUCUAUCACUCAAAUUUCUAAAAUUUUAACAUGUUCAAAGUGCAAGGGCACAUUUUAUUAUGGAGAUUGUACAGGGUUUUUUUGGUUUUGUUUGAACAUUUGAAAGAAUUUAGUCUAAAACACUUUGAUUUAAAAUUUUUAAAGUCUUGUUUAACAAAACUUUUAUGUAUCAAUAUGCCGUUUCCCUUUCAUUGUAGAACUUGUUUAUAAAAAUUCAUUCCUUGAAAAAUUUGGAUCCUUUUUAAUAUUAACUACAACAUUUGUACUAUGUUGCUUUUUAAUAUAUUGAAAACAAAAAGGAGGGGUGUGUCUUUUUUUUUUGACAUGACUAACAUUGUACACAAAAAGCUAGCAGCAUACU